CCCCAGCAAGCCCCGGCUCAUCCAUGCAGCCGGCGAGAGAGCGAGCUUCCCUGUGCCGGACCAGCCUGGCCCAGCCCGAGCAACGAGGGGGGCUUGCUUCAUAUUUCAGUAUCUGCUGAGCCAGACAGUUGUUUAAUUUCUCAGGCAGGGACGGGAGGGGAAUGGAAAGUUUCCCUGGGAGCGAGAGCACUGUGUUUGCAAUGCGCUUCCUGCUUUGUACCAAACGGACAGUUUGUCUUCUCUGAAUGAGACCCGGGGAGCCAGCGCUGCGAGACCCUCAGGAAAUGGAGCCCGCGUAGCAACGUCCCGCCGGCCCCCCAGUCACGCUCGUUCACCUUCAGCCAGAGCACAGCACGGAGCCGGAGCGAGAGAGGAGCAGCAGCCUCCACGGAGCCUCUGCGCACAAUCAAACUGAUGGCCUGAAAGUGACUGCAGCUGCCCCUGUGCCCCCUCUCUGCCAGCCUGGACCCCGCUCUGGGCAGGGGAGCCCUCAGAGUGAUUUUCCCGGGGGAGAUUUUUGAAAGGGGGGGAAGGCCUGGCUGAGCCUCUUGUGCAUGUGGGCCCCCCCACACACUAAUUUGUGGCUCCGAAAUGCUGAACCCGAAGCAUGGCUCCCCGGGGGCCUCCCCCAGUGCCUCCCCCUGCAGCUCCCCCCACAACUCGCCUAUCCUCUUCAGGAAGCUCAUGAUGAACCAGAGCAUCCGCAUGCAGCGGCGUUUUACCGUGGCUCACCCCCUCUGCUUUGACAUUGAAAAUGGCCUUUCAUCGGGGAGGAGCCCACUGGACCCCCAAGCCAGCCCCGGCUCCGGGCUGGUCCUGCAGGGGAACGUGUCUCACAGCCAGCGGCGGGAGUCCUUCCUCUACCGCUCCGACAGCGACUAUGAUCUGUCUCCCAAAGCCAUGUCCCGGAACUCCUCCAUCGCCAGCGACCUGCAUGGAGAAGACAUGAUCGUCACACCCUUCGCGCAGGUCCUGGCCAGCCUGCGCACUGUUAGGAGCAACUUUGCCAUGCUGACGCACCUGCAGGACCGCGUAGCUAGCAAGAGAACUUCUAGCAGCAACCUGCCAUCUGUGUUCAAGACCAGCCUGUCGGAGGAUGCCUGUCAGAAGCUGGCAAUCGAGACCCUGGAAGAACUGGACUGGUGCUUGGACCAGCUGGAGACCCUGCAGACCAGGCAUUCUGUCAGUGAGAUGGCCUCCAACAAGUUUAAAAGGAUGCUGAACAGGGAACUGACGCACCUAUCCGAAACCAGCCGCUCUGGCAACCAGGUGUCCGAGUACAUCUCCAGCACCUUCCUGGACAAGCAGCAUGAGGUGGAAAUUCCCUCCCCCAUGCCCAAGGAGAAGGAGGCGGAGAAGACGACGUGCCCCAUGGCCCAGAUCAGUGGCCUGAAGAAACUGACGCACAGCUCCAGCUUCAUCAGCUCCAGCAUCCCUCGCUUCGGGGUCAAGACGGACCAGGAAGGGCUCCUGGCCAAGGAACUCGAAGAUACAAACAAAUGGGGUCUUGACAUGUUUAAAAUCACAGAGUAUUCUGGCAACCACCCACUCACAGUCAUCAUGUACAGCAUCUUCCAGCAGGAGCGGGACUUGAUGAAGACCUUCCGCAUCCCAGCCGACACCUUCAUCACCUACAUGAUGACCCUGGAGGACCAUUACCACGCCGACGUGGCCUAUCACAACAACAUCCACGCCGCAGACGUGGUCCAGUCCACGCAUGUGCUGCUGUCCACGCCGGCUCUGGAGGCUGUGUUCACGGACCUGGAGGUCAUGGCUGCCAUCUUCGCCAGCGCCAUCCAUGAUGUUGACCACCCAGGCGUGUCAAACCAGUUCCUGAUCAACACCAACUCAGAGCUGGCUCUGAUGUACAAUGAUGUCUCUGUCCUGGAGAAUCACCACUUGGCUGUGGGCUUCAAGCUCCUCCAGGAGGAAAACUGCGACAUCUUCCAGCACCUCAGCAAGAAGCAGCGGCAGUCGCUCCGCAAGAUGGCCAUCGACAUGGUGCUGGCAACAGACAUGUCCAAACACAUGAACCUACUGGCAGAUCUGAAGACAAUGGUGGAGACCAAGAAGGUGACCAGUCUGGGAGUCCUGCUGCUGGAUAAUUACUCUGACCGAAUCCAGGUGCUGCAGAACAUGGUUCACUGCGCUGACCUCAGUAACCCCACCAAGCCCCUGGAGCUGUACCGCCAGUGGACGGACCGGAUCGUGGUGGAGUUCUUCCACCAGGGGGACCGGGAGCGGGAGAAGGGCAUGGAGAUCAGCCCCAUGUGUGACAAGCUCAGCGCCUCCGUGGAGAAGUCCCAGGUGGGCUUCAUCGACUACAUCGCUCACCCGCUGUGGGAGUCAUGGGCUGAUCUGGUGCACCCCGACGCCCAGGAGAUCCUGGACACGCUGGAGGACAACCGGGAGUGGUACCAGAGCAUGAUCCCGCACAGCCCCUCGCCGCCUGAGGAGCAGGAUCCCGAGAAGGGCGGUGGGGGGGAGAAGUUCCAGUUCCAGCUGACCCUGGAGGAGGAGGGCGAGUCGGACACUGAGCCGGAGGAGGCCGAGAGCCCGCUGGAGGAGGACAACAGUGGCAGCGACUCCAAGACGCUGGCCACGGAUGACUCAGAGUCGGCAGAGCUCGAGCGCCUGUCCCCCGGCUCAGCUGGCAGGGACUCUCCGCCCCCCGCGCACAGCGGCCCGCUCAGGAACACACUGGUCAAGCAGAAGGAGGUCUUGCACUUUCACAACAGGAGGGCUCUGGAGAGGACGCUCUCACAGCCCGACAGCGGCACCUCAUUGGGGUGCCCGGAGCUGGGCCGCAGGGGGAGCCUGGAGGCCAAGGAGCUGGGCCUGGACACAGAGGGGAACCUCACAUUUCUGCCACUGGGGACGUAAUGGGCGGGGCCCGCUGUGCCCGUUGGUUGGGUUUGGGAGCCACCUGGAGACCAGGCGCCUCAGGGUCAUUCAUAAAGAGAGCGAGAUUGGGGCAUGGAGCACAUGAGCUCUGUAGGACCCCACCCUCCCGUAGCACCCACUGGGGACAGAUCGGGACCCUCCGGAGGGAGCAGGCAGCAGCUGGCCAGGUGGGCCCGGACUGGAAUUGUCAAGCUGCCAUGUGCCCUCGAGUGAUGACCGGGCAGCUCCGGCGCCUCCCACACAGCCUGGGAAUGGCUCUGUACCUGAGCAGGCCCCCAGCCGCCCUGGACAGGUCUGUGCACUGCUGCUGGACUCGGACAGGUCUGCGGCCGCAACAUUGUCAUGUGUGUCUUGCCUCACUAUCCUUGGUCUCACCCUGUGCCCUCCAUCCCCGUGCCUGCCAGCUAGGGCCCGACCUGGACCCAGAUGGGCAGAAGGGAUGGGAGCUGCAGGGAGAGCAGACAGGCCAUGCAGACCUAUGAGCAUCUCUGCUGCUCACAGCUAAGCACUGUGUCCCCUUUGGGCUGCAGUUCUGGACUCCCAAGUGGGGAGCAUGUUCCCUGGUACACUUGGGCCGU